AUGGAUCAUAAUGCCCCUCCUCCAUAUAGCGAAACCGAUAUCUUUUCAAAUACCAAUACUACGAUCCCAACACCCACAACGACAGAAGCAGAUGAUGCAUCUAGAUUGAAUGGAAGAGUCCGAUCAGAUUCAUCGUCUACUGAAAAUUCGUUAAUAUAUACUCCUCCUUACUCACCGAUCGAGCCUGAUGAUCAAUACUCGAAAAAUGAUCCCAGAAAUUUAUCUCCUCACAACUACUUCGAGUCACGACCAUCACCGCUGCAAUCUUCGGCUCCCAGAAUUACUCAGCAUGAAAUAUGUGUUACUCCGAGCAGUGCUCCAGAUGAUAUUCCCAUCCCAUCUUCCGCGCCAGACUUUGGCAUCACACAGCAAGAUUGGUCAACCUUUGUAAACUACUUACUACCCAACCAUACCCUCAAUGUCAACAAGGACAUUGCCGACCGCAAACUCAAAGCUGAAUUGAUUGACGAGCGUAUGCAUAGACUUACGCUUGAUGAACAUGAUUAUUCUAGACUUGACAUGAAUGAAGUUCGAGCUCAGUUUCGUCCGCUUCGUCAAUCCGUCACGGUAUCCAAUACGGAUUGGAUAGGAAAGGUAGAUGAAGUGAUCCAAACCUGGAAUUCAGGGUUCUUUCUUCCUCGUGGAUUGGAGAUUCGUUGCAUUGAUACGGAACAGCCUCAAUUAUUUCAGGAUAGAGACAAUAACAUGCCUGGUUCUUGGAUACCAGAUGAAGAAGAAGAGUCGCGCAUUCCCGAGCGAAAUCGAGGUCGGAGAUGUUUUUUGAGUCGUUAUUCUAUGUCUGGUCAAGGGGCUCGGGGCUUUAGAUUAGGUUCUAUGGUUGCGGAUGAUGAGGGAUUUAGAAUUGGAAGGAAUGGUAUUGUGGCCGACUCGAAUGGUUUGCGCAUUGGUAAUAUGUUUGUUGCUGAUAACAAGGGGUUGCGAGUUGGUGGGAGUCAAGGUAUUGUAGCUGAUGAGCAUGGAGUUAGUAUUGGCGGUCGUGGAUUCGGAGGGAGAAGGAGAGGAGGUGUGAAUGCACCGGAGACUAAUCGAGGGCGGGAACAAGAGCCAGAAGAGUGGCAUGGGAUGAACGUGUGGGGAAAGGGGGUGUUGCACUCGCGAGAGGCUAGCUGGAGAUGUGCAGAAACCCCAGAAGGACGGUAUGAAAGAAGAGGAAGAGGAAGAGGCGGUCUACACACGCAGGAUCCCCACAGAGGAGGAAGACAUGAAUCCGAAGGGUAUCACCGUGGUCGCUCACAAUUCCAUCACGAUCUCCACGAAAGAAAACCAAGAGAUCAUUCCUCUUCAUCCUCAUCAUCUUCAUCCAGCUCCUCCAGUUCCUCCUCUUCAACAUCUCUCGCUUCCCUCCCCUCCCCCGACCAUCUCCCCGACCACCAACUCCCCGCUGCCAAAGAAUCCCUACUAGCAUGGCUCCACCAUCCCGAAUAUCCCAUGACGCAACAAGCCAUUCAAAAAUUAAAACACGACCUCCAAUCCGCGAAGAAGAACAAGAACAAAAACAAAAAGAAUCCCAAUCCCAACAUCACCGAUUUCACACGUAACCAAGACCUCGCCACCCUCCGCAAAGAAGUCGCAGAUCUCCUCCGAAAAUUCAACGACGAGCAGAAAUCUCAAAAAACCAUUCGCAAGAUUCUGCGCAAGGAACAGCGAGGAUUGAAGAAAGCACAUAGGAAAGAACGAAAGAACAUACGCAAAGCGGGGCGAAAAGGCGCGAAGAAAGAUAAGAAGGAGAAGAAAAAGAAGGAGAAGAAAUGUAACAAAAGAGAUCUUUCACAUGGUCUACCCUCUGCUCCUACACCCACCUAUCCAGAAAUCCCCGAGAUACCAAAUGCGAGAUUUCAUCCGCCUCCAAAUCUUCCCGUUCCUUUAUUCCACACCUCGUUUAGCGGGAUGCAGAAUCCUGGCAUGACAUCUAUGCAUCAAGGAACAUGGCCUUUUCUCUCUUCUCCUCUUCCUCGUCCUCACCCUCGCUCUAACAUCCCACCUCAAAUCCCAAGGUCCUCCUUCCCUCUCCAUCCUUCCCCCUGCGCGCAAAAUUCCUCACAAAGCCACGCUCAGGCUUCUGCUCUCCUAGCUAGCGCUACAGCCAAGGAAGUCGAAGCUAGGACUCUAGGGGUCGUUUUAGAGAGUCGGUAUCUAAAUAGAGGUGAAAGCGAUGAUGACGUAUUGGAAAGAGGAGAGCAGAAAAAGCGAGAGAUGGAAAUAAAGAGGCUUCUAGAGGAAUCGGGGGAGUUGAGGAGAGAGGGGGAGAAGUUGAUGGCGGAGGCGACGCAGAUGGAUGCGGAGUUUGCGAGGGAGAUUCAGGAGCGGGAACGGGAGGGUGAGGGUGAGGGAGAGCGACAGGCGUGGGAAGGAUGGCUGGGAAGUAAUGAGAGUCAGAUUGGUGGGAUUUUGGCGAGGGGAGUAUGA